UCAAUAGCAGAACAAAUGACCAACGCCGUCCGUCCCGUUGUUCAUGUGGUAUUAUUGUAUGAAAAAAUGUCAGGUCUGCCGGUGUCGAAAACGUUACACCAUCUUAUUCGUUUCACAGUGUUAGAAAGUAAAAACGGACCAUCUUUUCUGAUUAGAAAGUUUUCUUCUGACAGGCCUCUAGCUUGUAAUGAUAAUAACAAUUUCCAACAAGGAAACAAAAAAAAUGUAACUCCCAGACGCAUAUUUUCUGGGAUCCAACCCACAGGAGUUUUACAUUUGGGCAAUUAUUUUGGAGCAGUUCGACAAUGGGUGCUGUCUCAGGAUGAAAACUCACUCUUCAGUAUCGUAGACCUUCAUUCAAUUACGCUUCCCCAGGACCCAAAAGCACUGAAAGAGAACAUUUUAAAAAUGUCUGCAUCACUUCUUGCCUGUGGAAUCGAUCAUGAGAAAUGUAUACUAUUCCAACAAUCCAAGGUCCCCCAACAUGCUGAACUUUCUUGGGUAUUAAGCUGCCUAACAACACUUCCACGAUUAGGACACUUGCCUCAAUUUAAAGAGAAGUCAUCGAAAAUGACAGACAUCCCCUUAGGCCUUUAUAUUUAUCCUGUUCUUCAGUCUGCUGAUAUCUUGUUAUACAAAUCCACCCAUGUACCUGUAGGCGAAGACCAGUUGCAGCACAUACAGCUAGCUCAGCAUCUUGCUAGAGUAUUCAAUAACAAAUACGGACCUAUAUUUCCAAGGCCUAGUGCUGUAGUUUACGAUGAAUCAGCCAGCAGAUUGAAGAGCUUGCGGAAUCCAGAUAAAAAGAUGUCCAAAUCUGACCCUGACGCGAAAAGCCGGAUCGAAAUCACUGACGAUCCUGAUGUCGUCGUCGAAAAAUGCAAGAAAGCCAUGACGGAUUUCACGUCAGCCGUCACAUACGACCUAGUGACACGACCAGCAGUGUCCAAUUUGAUCAUUCUUCACUCGCUUUGCACUGGCCUAGAUGCAAAACGCAUUUGUCACGAGAACCAACAUAUUGACACUGCCCAGUACAAACUAGUUGUGGCAGAAGCAGUUAAUGAAUUCCUCCAACCUAUCCGACGUCGAUACAUGGAGCUUCUGAAGGACCCGGGAUACUUGAUCAGCAUACUUGAUAAGGGUGGCGAGAGAGCUACUGACAUUGCCCAAGAAACGUGGCGGGAAGUUAAGAAUGCUGUGGGUUUGACUGUUUCUUCCUGAGCUCAGCUGUAAUAACAGAGAAAUCGCAAUAGAGUCCUACUAGCAUCAA